GCGACAAGCUUCCAAGGAGACACACGUUCCCCAGGCCAGUCUUGUCCCACACUCCCAGUCUCCUUCUUGCGUUUUCAUGACCCUGUUCACCGCGCCGUGUCACUCCAACCCCUCUCAAGGCACUGCGCAGAACCUCUCCCCUCACGAGGACUCCUGGGUAACGUGACGCACAGGUAGCAAGCCCUGGAACCCUGAAAUAUAAGGGGCACUCUUACUCAGCCAGUCAAGUCAGUACCUACCUGCUGGUGGUGUCCAAUGGAUGCAGUGUGCGAGCGGGUGCGUCGUGUGGCGGUGAUCAGUGAUGAUGACCAUAUCGUACCCGACUGUGACGACCACAUGAGUGACCACCACCACCACCACCACCACUACCACCACCACCUCCACCACGAUAACUCUCAGGCGCUCCAGCCUUGCCCUUCUGAUUCCGCCGAGCUGGACCGGUACCUGCCCAGCCUGCAGGAGGGGUCCGUGCAGCCCCGCCGCGACUCCGCCUCGCAGAUCAACGACUUCUUCAAUGACGAGGGCGACGCGAGGGACCCCGCGGGGUGUGGGUGGGCGGGCGGCGGGCGGCGAGGCGGCGGCAGCACGUACGUGUCCCCGGUGAGCCAGAGGGACGUGUUUGACGAGGACGUGUUCAUCAAGCCGGAGCCCGUGACGCUCAACGUGUGGGAGGACGUGGGCCCGUCCCUGCGCCAGCUGGAGGCUGAGGCCCAGGAGGUGCUGCAGCCCCCCCUGACACACUACCCCCACCCUCCCAUCACACCUAAGCUGGAGGAUCCACCUUUCGCGCCCUGCCAACUGUCACUGGAGGGCCUGUCCACCCCUUCCCCGCCACCGCCACCGCCCCCACAACUCCUGCCGCAGAGACUCCCCCUCCCCUCCACCCCAACACUCACCCCCACCUCCACCCACCCAGCCUUCAGGUUCCCCUCCACCAGCACAGUGGGCCCCUCCCCGCGCCUGUGCAUGCCCCCCACGCCCCCAGCCUCGGACCACGGCUCCCCCGCUGACCUCAACUUCCGCCGCACGCCCCCGCCGCCCUAUGUGGUGCCCCUCUCGCCCAACUCAGCGGGCAUCAGCGGGGUGGGAGUUGCCUCCACGUGCACGGCGGGGCUGGGAGGGGGCGGACCCAGCUUGGCGUCGCCCCCCCUGCCCGCCAGCCUGCUGGGGGAGCCCGGGAUGGUGAAGUACUCCAGGAGAAACAACCCCGAGCUGGAGAAGAGACGUAUCCACCAUUGUGACUUCCUCGGCUGCACCAAAGUCUAUACCAAGUCGUCACACCUCAAGGCACACCAGAGAAUUCACACAGGUGAAAAGCCGUACAGGUGUCAGUGGCCGGAGUGUCAGUGGAGGUUUGCACGGUCAGACGAGCUCACCAGGCACUACAGGAAACACACUGGAGCCAAGCCGUUCAAGUGCAAGGUGUGCGAGAGAUCCUUUGCCCGGUCAGACCACCUCGCCCUGCACAUGAAGAGACACAUGCCCAAGACGCAGAAAUAGUGAAGAAGGCGCUGAAGAAGAAGAGAGAGAGAAAUGUGAAGACUUGGAGCAUAAGGUGAGGACAGAAAUAGGUGUACAAAUGUAAGUGAAGAAAGAAAGAAGACAAAAUAGAAGAUAAGUGAAGAGAAAGGAGAAAGAAAAAGUGAAAUAGGUCUGAUAAAGAAAGGAAGGAGAAAUAUGCA